AGGUCGUCGAUGAUGAUCUGAACAAAAUUAUGGAUCAUGCCCUUUAUAAAGCCACGACAGAUGGGGAUGCCGACAAAUUCAUCGGUGCAUUAGAAGCUGUUUCUGAGUCGAUGAAACUAGCUUUGUCGCUAAUCUUUGAUCAAGUCACCCCCUCCGGGAAUUCAUUGCUUCAUGUAGCAGCGAGCUCUGGGAACGAUGAUGUCGUGGAGCUCAUUCUCACUCAUUUUCCUUACCUCGUGACCCGGAAAAACUCCUCGGAUGAUACUCCGCUCCAUGUCGCCGUUCAAGAUGAAAGGCUCAACGCGACAACAAAGCUGAUUAGCCGGAGAAGAGACUCGACAUUAAAUACUGGAAGAACAAGGAUAGUAAAUCUCCGUUGUAUCUGGCAGUCGAAAACUGCAAGUCGUCGGAUGCGAAAGAUCGCAGGGGGGCGCGCUGGGAGAUUCUUCAGCUUCUCUUGAAAGAAUCUGCCCGAGAUGAAGAUUACGCAGUCAAGAUACAGGGCAUGUCCCCAAUUUUGGCCACACUCGAGGACUGGUUUUCAGAUGAUAUAUUGAGAGAAAUUGUUGAUCGGCUUCCGAAGUUACUUCACAUGCGCGAUGAAAACGGGGGGACACCGCUGCACUCUGCAGCAUCGUUUGGAGAUUUUGUGGCAGUGGACCUCCUGCUGGAGAAAUGCCCUAAUCUCGCCCUUCAAACGGAUAAAAACGGCUCCUACCCGAUUCACAUCGCUUGCGAACACAGCUUCUUCAUUGUCGACAAGUUACUAGAUUGCACGUGGCCCGACCUGGUAGAGAUAAAAAACAAUAAGGGUCAGAAUAUUCUUCACGUUGCAGCCAAGGCCGGGAACACCGGCGCGGUCUUCGACAUAAGCGACCAUUGCAAGGAGGCCGUCAUCAAGAAGCUGGCGAAUUCGAAAGAUGUCGAUGGAAACACGCCCCUCCAUUUGGCAUCGAUGCACAACCAUUGCCCAAUUAUGCUCUAUUUGACGAGGGAUGAAAGAACUGACUUGAGGCUUCUGAACAACGACAAGUUGACCGCACUGGAUGCGGCCAUGCAAUCUGGAAGCUUGUCGACGAAAUAUUCAGCGUUACUAGGGCGUGCAAUUUUGAUUACCGCGGGUGUACCGCAAAGCAAAGGCCGAGAUGUUCGGUCAUCAGGAGAACAGGCCCAAUGGAUGAAGGACCAGGUCCACACUCGAUUGCUAGUGGCCACCCUUGUGGCCACCGUCACAUUCGCCGCCGGCUUCACCUUGCCCGGUGGAUAUAAUCAAUCUAGUGAUCCCCGCCCAGGAACGGCGACCAUGCUGCACAACAGAGUGUUUCAGGUUUUCGUAAUUUCCAACAUGUUAGCCAUGUACAGCUCCAUUCUUGCGGUCGUAGUCCUCCUCUGGGGUCAUAUCAGUGAUUUCUACAUAGCAGAACAAGCUUACCUCACAGCAGGGCCAUUAUUGUUGAUGUCUCUCACCGGCAUGUCAGUGGCAUUUUUGGCAGGCGUAAUUGUAGCAGUGAGCAAACUUGCUUGGCUCGCUUUCCUUGUUCUGUCCACCGCAGUCUUUUUCCUCGUGAUGCUCAUAAUGGUUUUAACAGCCUUGAUAUUCCCAUUCUCCAAGACUGCUAUGCAUGUUGUGUCCCUUUACUAUAUGCUUGUAGCCAUACCGGGAUAUGUGGUACGGCGUUUAAGAUACAAGAAGCGGGCGGCUUGGAUGUAUCUCAUAAUUUAAAUUACGGAUAAUUAUUGGAUUUUUUUCUUUUUCUUUUCUGUUGAGCAAUACCUUGUAUAUACUUUUGCAGUGUACAGUGGGUAAUACAAGUUAACUACGAAUUCUCUCACUAACAAGUCCGAAUCCUAGUCGAGGCAUCCUAGAUAGGGGCCAAAGAAGAAGCAUAGCUAGGAACUACCCGCAAUGAAGAAGUCCAAAAGCCAUUGCCGAUAUCAAUGUCCGUUUAUCUAUUUGUAGAUCCUAUACUUGCGGAGGGCGGAGGUCAAGACAAUUUCAGUUGAUUCACCUGCAUAAAUUGCAUCAGGUCCAUCUUAAUUUUGUGGGAGUGGGCAAAAAAAACGUGGCUGUUUUCAGUUGAAAAGUAUCCAGCACUUGCUGGUCAGGGCGUUUUUUCUUGCCAUACUUGUGUCAA